AGCGCGUGCACGUUUUUGGGCCUCAUUUGCCUCACAACUUGACCUUGAACCAUUGCAAUUAUUAAAUGGAUAGGAAAAAAGCCGUAGUAUUUUGUGUCUAUUUGAUUUUUGUCAUUUUGGCUUUGAUAGUUGCGGUUGUUAGCGGUGCGGUGGUGAGGAUUUCAACUAAUAAAUACAGAUAGAAUUAACUGGCAAGAAUAUCAACAGGUGAGCAGAAUGUGCGGCACCGUGCUCGACGAGUACUGCGAGCUGAGCGAGAGUGCGUGCAGCUGCGACUCCGGCUUGGAGCACUCGCCCGCUUUUCACCCCGCGCCACGCAUCGAUCUCACGCCGCAUAAACAGACUAACGCGAGGCGGAGGCUCUUCGACGACGAAUUCGGUUACAUUUUCCAGGAUCCAACAGAACCCAUAAAGAGCUUCGGGGACGAGCUCCUCCCAGGUGUCGACACGUCGACUCCCGUCAAGUCGAAAGAGAAAAAACCUAAGGAUCGAAACGAACCAAAAAGAAAAUAUGCAAAUGGAAAAAAUAGAGUAACGAGAUGCAAGAGCCCUUCGCAAAUAAUGCGAAUCAAAAGGAACCGACGUAUGAAGGCGAACGACCGCGAGCGCAACAGAAUGCACAUGCUGAACGAGGCGCUGGAUCGGCUGCGCGCUGCACUGCCUGCCUUCCCCGAGGACACCAAACUAACCAAGAUAGAGACGCUGCGGUUCGCGCACAACUAUAUACUCGCCCUCGGCCGCACGCUGCAGGCGCUAGACGGCGGGCCCACCGACCCCGGCCCGGCCCACGUGGAGAUGCACAACCGCUCCGCGCCGCCCGAUAAAAUACAUAAAGAUGCUUUUAGAGAAAUAUUUUUUUUAGCCAACAAGAGCGAGGACUACACCGCGGACGGCGACUACAGAAGUUUCCAGGGAUUCAGUAAACCUUUCCCUGAUGGAUCAAAUUUUUUACGUACAUCGGAAGGCGUACUGAUCAACGUGGGUAAUGUGACGGUUUCGGUGAAUAACGCGGGCGGCAACUGCAUCGCCUCCGCAACAGGCAGCGGCUUCUUCUCCGCGCCCGGCGACUCUGCCUGCGGCCACCACGACGACAGCGGAUACAACUUCUCUGCACUUAACGAGUCUAAUGAAUAUUUCAAUCAGAAACACUACCAAAUAUUUAAAACGGCGUUUGAGAAUGCCGCUAGUAAUUCAAAUGUAACAAACCUAGAGGCGGACCGUGGCGAAGCCUGGUGGCCGGCGCCGGCGUCAAGUGCACCUCGCCUCGCCAACACUCACACGCACCACGACUGUUACUACAACGAACAGGGUUUUUAUGGAAAUUAUUACAGGAAUAAUAUGAUAAACGCUCAAAUUUGA